UAAGAUGGCGUUGAGUAAAACAUUCGGGCAAAAACCGGUGAAAUUUCAACUUGAAGAAGAUGGGGAUUUUUACAUGAUUGGCUCAGAGGUAGGGAACUACCUGCGAAUGUUCAGAGGCUCCCUGUACAAACGAUACCCAUCACUGUGGAGAAGGCUAGCCUCAGUCGAAGAGAGGAAGAAAAUCGUUGCAUCUUCACACGGUGACAGAAUCUUCAGUGUUUUCUUUGUGUUAGAUCAUGGUUACACAACUUUAGCCACCAGUGUGACUCUGCUGAAGGCUUCGGAAGUGGAGGAGAUCUUUGAAGGGAACGAUGAGAAGUACAAAGCAGUUUCCAUCAGCACAGAGCCCCCAGCCUACCUCAGGGAGCAGAAGGCCAAGCGGAACAGCCAGUGGGUCCCUACGCUGCCCAACAGCUCCCACCACCUGGACGCUGUGCCCUGCUCCACCACCAUCAACCGCAACCGCAUGGGCCGCGACAAGAAGAGGACCUUCCCGCUCUGCUUUGAUGACCACGAUCCUGCCGUGAUCCACGAGAACGCCUCCCAGGCCGAGAUCCUGGUACCGAUCCGGCUGGACAUGGAGAUUGACGGGCAGAAGCUCAGGGACGCCUUCACGUGGAACAUGAACGAGAAGCUCAUGACGCCUGAGAUGUUUGCGGAAAUACUGUGCGACGACCUGGACCUGAACCCCCUGACCUUCGUCCCCGCCAUCGCCUCGGCGAUCCGGCAGCAGAUCGAGUCCUACCCAACCGACAGCAUCCUGGACGAGCAGACGGACCAGAGAGUCAUCAUCAAGCUGAACAUCCACGUGGGGAACAUAUCCCUGGUGGACCAGUUUGAGUGGGACAUGUCGGAGAAGGAGAACUCCCCGGAGAAAUUCGCCCUGAAGCUGUGCUCAGAGCUGGGGCUGGGGGGCGAGUUUGUCACCACCAUCGCCUACAGCAUCCGCGGGCAACUCAGCUGGCACCAGAGGACGUACGCCUUCAGUGAGAACCCCCUGCCCACGGUGGAGAUUGCCAUCCGCAACACCGGCGACGCCGACCAGUGGUGCCCCCUGCUGGAGACACUUACAGACGCAGAAAUGGAGAAGAAGAUCAGAGACCAGGACCGGAACACCAGGCGCAUGAGAAGACUAGCAAACACAGCCCCGGCCUGGUAGAGCGAGCACGUCGUCUGCUGAACGCCAAGCCAGUCUGUGGCCGCUUGGGACUCGCGAUGAAGCAAAGAAGACUGUCGGAAGUCGCUGCAACGUGGCAAACUGACUGGGCUGAAGCAAAAAUUUAAAAAAGAGACAUUCCACUAGUCUGGCAGGUGGGGCUGGCCUUCCUCAGCAGUCCCUCUCUUUGCCCCCCCCCC